AUAAUAGUGACACGCAAACCAUCCUUUUAAACUAGAACCACAAUAUAAAUAAAACCCUGCAAGGUUUUAUAAUAGGAACCCCGCUAAGAGCGACUAGUCGUGUUCUCAGUGUGAUGGUCAGCGACCUGAACAGGACGCUGAUAUAGAUAGUGGGCCUACAUUUGACGGGAAUAGCUACAUAAUACUACGAGGAUGGUAAAGCAGCCACGAGUCUUAUAUUUCUGUGUUAUAUUAUUCUGUUCCAUCCAGGGAUUCUUGGCUGUUAAAAAAGAUGUUGUUUUCGUCGUGGACAAGUCGGGGAGUAUUGACCAGUCGGACUUCGACACGGCUAUUGAUUUUCUCAAAGAUACCAUCACCGCACUGACCAUUGGUGUGAACGACGUCCAGGUAUCUGUGGUCAGUUUCUCUGAUACUUAUAAUGAAGAAUUCGACCUGAACGACAACGCGGAUCAGGCGAGUCUUCUUACCGCGGUCAAUGGUCUUAAAUCGUCCAUUUCGACUAACGGAGGAACUUUUACAGCCAACGCUUUGAACUAUGUUCAGAGUUUUUCAUUCACCACGGGGAAGGGGGCCAGGACGGACGCUGGUCCCAUAGUCAUCGUUAUGACAGAUGGACUCUCUCAGAAUACAGCGCAAACAACCACAGCAGCUAACCUUAUACGGAGUUCCAUAAACGACAGUAUUAUCUACGUGAUAGGUAUAGGAGCCGACCUCAGCUCUUCCACAGAUGAACUGUUGCAUAUUGCUAGUGACCCGGAUGCAGAUAAUGUUAUGUACGUCACUUCCUUCCUGUAUAUAUGUAAUCUUGUGCCAACGCUUGCAGUAAAAAUAGAUAGUUCCGUUACUGUGUCUGUAGCAAGUGACUGUACUCAAACAACUACGACCGUCUUUGUUGGUAAGGGCGGCGUAGUAACAACAACAACCACAGCCACAACAACUACAACCACGCCCACAACGACUACAACCACGCCCACAACCACCACCACCACGCCCACAACGACUACAACCACGCCCACAACAACCACCACCACGCCGACAACUACCACGGCUACGGGCACCACUACUACAGGCACCACAACAGCGGCUAUUGUCGCCGAUGUACAAGCAUCCUCAAGUUUUGCAGAAGACAACAUCCCGGCGAUAGCAGGAGGUGCUACGGCUGGAGCGGUAGUAGUGUCAUUGACGGUCGCGGCCGCUAUCUACAGGUAUAAGAAACUUGCCAACAAAGUGGUUGACAUUUCGAAGAGCGGUCCAUGAUGGGGUUUUUAGGAACGGUAAUAUUCUGCGAUACACCAAGACUGAAGACCUAGAUGGAAACAAGACUCAGGGAAAUGUUCAUCAGCUAUGCCUUGAACUACUUCCGUUGACAAUUUUUUUUUUUAAUUAUCUUAUAUUGGUUUAAAACUGAUUUAAUUAUAAUUCAAUGCCUGAGAUCUGUUUAUUCGACAAUGUGAUAUUCAUCAUAAAAAUAGGAUUCUUUCAUCUACAUUCACCCAUGAGUUUAUGUUCAAAUAAUCAAACGAUUUUCAUGUGAAAAGAGACAAUGUAUUCGUUUACAAAUACCUCCUCGUAAAAAUAUGUUCUAUUCUUUUUGAGACUGAAAAAAUCAUGAAUGUUUUUGUUAAAUUCACCUUUUAAUAAAAGUAGUUUUAGAAAAAAAUCGUUUUUAGAUAAAAACAAAUAUACAUUAAUUCACAUUUUCAUGUGAAGGAAUAGCAAUAGAAAAUGUCAAAUGUAGGUGAAUUUCAACUGAAAAAAAUAAAAUGAUCUUUUUUGUAAAACCGGCUUUUGCGAGCAUGCAAGUAUUCAAAAUCUGGUUUUUCGUUGUAUCUCCUUAUAUGAAUAUUAUGAGUGGUUCAUUCAAUCAUUGCACCACGUAAGAGCAGGUCGCAUUAUGUUCAUCUUUAUCAUUUAAAAGUAAUAAUAUCAUGGGAUUCUAUGUUACACUUACCCUUCAGUGGCACUUGACCGUUUGUCCCUGGCUCGAUGCCACCAGUUUGUGUAGGGUUCAUGCCACUGAUGUGUAUUUGAGUCCGUGGCCUUUUGUAACUUAUUUAUGUUAAAUGUAAACUUUAUUUAUUUUACAACAACUAUGAAGCAAGUUAUUUCAACUUAUAUUAAUCACUCUUGAUGGCCCGGAAGUUGGCGUGGGGGGAUCUUAGUGUGGGAGGAAACCGGAGAACUCGGAGAAAACUCACGUGGUCGUGCAGGUGACCCCAUACCUUUUCACG